CUCAUUUCCGCUCUUAUGUCAUUUUCUUUGAAAAAUUGGAGUUCGUGGCAUGAGUUGUAGAUGCCUUGUAUGUGUUCAACCUAUUUACUCCUUCUAGGGAACUCCCGCUCGUAUUUUGUAAGAAGUGGCCAAAGAAGUUAUUUGCAUGGGAAAUAAGGUUCCAGUUCCCGAGAAACUGAGUGUGAAACACAGCAAGAAACAGCAAAGAUACGCAGGCGCUUAUGCUGCCGCAGUAACCGAAGAUGAUUAUGGAAACGUGAAACAUCCAAGUCGACCACCCCACGCAUAUGACUUAAAAGAGGCAGAUGUGAGUUCUUACGAGUGGAGAGGUCCUUCUUCCGACUCAUCCCAAGGCAGAUAUCCAAAGAAAGAAGUCACUAGGAGUGUUGAGGGAGAAGCACCCUCUCUUUCAAGGCGUUCAGAAAGCAAUUCUUGGAAAAUGUCAGUAGCAAACAGACAUAGUACUUCGACGCUUUUUGGAGCAAAAGUUAGUGUCGAUGACUUUGAACCCAUCGCGACCAUCGGCAAGGGUAGUUUUGCUAAGGUGCUUCAAGUUCGCAAGAAGAAUACUGGGGAGAUUUUUGCUAUGAAAAUUCUGUUAAAGAGUACUAUAAUUGCUAGAAAUCAGGUUGAACAUACUCGGGCAGAAAGAAGCAUUUUGCAGCACAUCAAGCAUCCUUAUAUAGUAUCGUUGAAAUAUGCCUUUCAAACAGAAGACAAAUUGUACUUAGUGAUGGACUUUUGCGGUGGAGGUGAACUGUUUUACCAUUUGAAGAAGGAAGGACGUUUCUCAGAAGAGCGCGUAAGGCUUUAUGCAGCUGAAAUACUUCUUGCACUGGAACAUCUUCAUUCAUUAAAUAUUAUAUACAGGGAUCUCAAGCCCGAAAAUAUUUUGUUAGAUGCAGAAGGUCACAUCAGACUUGCCGACUUUGGUUUGAGCAAGAUUCUGAACGAUCCAGAAGCGCAGGCAAGCACUUUUUGUGGUACACCCGAAUAUUUAGCCCCAGAGAUCCUGAAUGGCUCGGGUCAUGGGAUUCCAGUUGACUGGUGGUCUCUUGGUACCUUGAUUUGUGAAAUGUUAACAGGGUUGCCACCAUUUUAUUCACAAAAUUUGAAUUCGAUGUAUGAAAAGAUACUUAAAGCAGAGCUUAAGCUCACCAAUGAUCCCAGCAUUCUCUCUACAGACGCGAGAAAUUUGAUACAGGCAUUGUUGCAACGCGACCCUCAUAAGCGGUUGGGAAGUGGACCAAAGGGAGCCGAUGAAAUUAAAGAACAUUCUUUCUUUCGCUCAAUAGAUUUCGAAAAAUUGUACAGAAGAGAAAUUUCGGCACCCUGGAAGCCACAAAUGCUUUCAGAUGACUAUAUUGGCAACUUUGAUGAUACUUUUACUGGAGAGAAAGCCGACUUUGACAUGUCUGAGAUGGAAGCAAAGUUGAAGAAUAAGAAGGGAAUGAAAGAUAUGUUUCCUCAGGAGAAGAGCAGAAACUAUUUUGAUGGCUUCACUUAUAUAGAACAACGGUAGCGAUAUUUGCGAGAAUGAUGUCCAUGUUCUAUAAACUGUAUUCGUCCAAAGAUUAUUGAAAUAUAUCUUUCAUAUUCUUUUCUGAUUCCACUUUUGUUGUUUUCGGUUCGCGCAAAUAAAUAUAUAAACCUUUCUUCAGUUGUUGAUAUUUCCAAU